AUGGGUGUCACCUUCUCGCAAUUCUUCCCCCCCACUCCCACCCUGACAGAGAAAAACUUACCCAGUCAAACGGGCAAAGUCUUCAUCAUCACAGGUGGAACAUCAGGCGUCGGUCUCGAACUGGCUACUAUUCUCUACAGGGCUGGCGGCAAAGUCUACAUAGCUGGACGCUCAGAAACCAGCGCUCAAAAAUGCAUCGAGCAUAUCAAAUCAUCAUCAACAUCCAAAUUAUCUGGCCAGCUUGAAUUCCUUCCUCUGGAUUUGGAUGAUCUGAGUGCGAUUAAAUCGUCUGCCGAGUCCUUCAUGAAAAAAGAGACAAAGCUCAAUGUCCUCUGGAAUAAUGCAGGUGUUUCGCAACCAGCAUUAGGUAGCGUAUCUAAACAAGGCUUUGAGCUUCAAAUGGCCACAAAUUGUUUAGGUCCGUUUCUCUUCACUCAGUAUCUUCUCCCGUGCCUGAAAGCUGCGGCAAAAGAAUCCAAGCCUGGUGCUACCCGUGUGGUCUGGACACAUUCUCAAUUCUCAGAGCUUACGGCUCCCAAAGAUGGAAUCAUCAUGUCUGAACUUGAUACUCCCCCCAAAGAUCAAGUCAAGAAUUACAAUAAUUCUAAAAUCGGCAAUUGGUUCUUGGCUAGUGAAUUGGCGAAGGAGGUUGGCGAGUUUGGGAUUUUGAGCGUGUCACAGAAUCCGGGUAAUUUGAAGACGAAUUUGAUGAGAAAUGCGAAAUCGAUGUAUUAUGCUGCUUGGCCGCUCUUGUAUAAGGCGAAGAUGGGAGCGUAUACAGAGCUUUGGGCAGGAUUGUCGGAGGGGUUGAAGAUGGAACAUAAUGGAGCGUGUGUGGUUCCUUGGGGACGGAUACAUCCGGGCCCAAGAGAGGAUUUGUUGCUUGCUUUAAAAGGUUCUAAUGAAGGAGGAAGUGGGACAGCAAAGAAAUUCUGGGAUUGGUGUGAAGGAAAGACUGCAGAGUACAGAUAA